AUGUCUGAUACACCUAACGACAAUGAGCCUUGCCAAAUUCAUGUUCCUACAGAGGGCUGGAGCGAGAACCGUAAAAAGCUUUUUCAAAAAAGGAUCGAGACGCUCUUGAACCAUCCAGAGUUUAUGUUGGUCUACGUGCCUAAAGAUGAGUCAAAAAUGCAGCUUGUAAAGCCUGCCGACAAUGCAUACCAUCGAGAUCGUAUUAUCCAAAGAAUCAACGAGAGUAAAGCGGAUGCUAUACCCACGACUUGGUACACAUUAUCUCAUAUCUGGGGCAAAGUGCAAUACGAUGAACACUGCUGGCAUGAUCUUGGGGACCAUAUGAAUGAUGAACAUGGAAAGCCAUUGAAUUUGUGGGACCGCCCUUACCAACAUAUGCGCCUUGAGAAGCGACAGCCCUUGAUCACACUCUUCAAAAACCAUCCUGACAGCUACUGGUGGAUCGACAACCUUUGCGUACGCAACGUAGAGGCUUCAACACUCAUGGGAAGCAUUUUCACAUGCUGCUCCCAAUGCGUCGCUAUGGUCGACUGUAAACCUGCCGUCAUAUCGCAAAUCCAUGCGAUGAAGGAUGUGGAUAUGGAUACCUAUGAGAAUAUGCCUUUCAUGGCAUUCCUUGAUCAGUACGAGAAGCUGAAUAAUCUCCUCAUCACUUUGACACAAUGCGAUUGGUGGAAGCGUGUUUGGACAUGGCAAGAGAUGGUGCUACCCCAAGAAAUCAAGUUUAUGGCCGAAACGACUACGCAAGUAUCCGAGGAUAGCAUGCUCCAUGUGGAUGAUCUCUAUCGCCUUGAGGCAAUGCUAGGAAGAAUGCUCUUUGUUUUUAUGAAGAAUGGAUCACGACCACUACACGCACCAACCACUGCCUUCAAGGAAUUGAGAUAUUCUCGAACGUUUGAUAAGCAUCGUGUUAUGGAGCAGAUGGAUUCAAGGCUGCUUGUUUCCUUGAUUGAUGUGUUUGGCCGAUCUUCCAGGGAAUCCUUGUAUGCAAUCGACUAUAUAUAUGGUGUGCUCGGCGUACUCCCUCUUGAUAUUCCAAGGACGGAUGAGCACAUCCACGAUCCUAACGUGGUUUGGAAUUGUUUCUUAUCCAAGCUGGAUGAAUUCUUGUUAGAGUUCACGCGUUCGCAAUUCACAAACAACAUUGAACAGAAUCAAGUUCGGCUUAUCACAAUUACUGAGGAAGCACGUAGAACCGAUUUGGCGGCUGCUCGAAACUUGGCUGAUGUAUAUCGCAAUCUCCUCGCUGUAUACGACUGUGUAUCAUAG